AAUCACCCAAUAAAUGUAUGCAUCCACUCUCAUAGCUUUGUCCACGAUAAGAUAACAGCCACGAAAUCUAUAGACACUUCAAUCGAAAUUAGUCUCAAUCAGUCCCAGCAUAAUCGUCGCCCGGUUCAGACCCAUUCCAACUCGCCAUGAGUAAUUCGUUAGACGUUACCUCGAAACCGUAUUCGGCGGCUGCCCCGCUGCAGCCUCGAUCGCAAUACGAAAAACUCCAAACUAUCCUGCUGUUGCUCCUCGACCUGGUGCUGUGUUUCUUCCAAAGUAUCCCGCUAUGGGUCGAAAUAGUUGUCGAGGUGUUCUCUCCGCCUCCACCAAAAAAUAUCAGUGGCCAAACGGCGCUGGUCACCGGAGGAGCUAACGGAAUUGGGAAAGCGAUAGCCACCGAAUUGGCCAAGGAGGGCUGCAAUGUGGUCAUCGUUGAUCUGGACAUCACCAAUGGACAGAAAACGGCACAGGAGCUGAAGCGGUACAACGUGCAAACGGUAGCUUAUGAGAUCGACGUAGCUGACUAUGAACAGGUACGGGAGUUACAACGCCGUGUGGAGCGCGACAUCGGUUCGGUGGAUAUUUUGGUGAAUAAUGCCGGAAUCCUUCCGUUCUUGUCUCCGAACGAGAGGAAUCCAUCGGAAAUUCGUCGACUGAUGGAAGUCAACGUGCUGGGUGGGUUUUGGACGGUGGACCAGUUUCUGCCCACUAUGAUCAGGCGCGGACGGGGUCAUAUUGUGGCGAUCGCUUCCGCUUCCUCAUAUGCUCCGGUUGGGUACAUGAAGACGUAUGUCACUUCCAAAUACGCCGUUCGAGGCUACAUGGAAGCGCUGGAUGAGGAGUUGUACUUGAUUGGUCAGACGGACGCAGUCAAGACGACCACAGUAUUCCCGUUCGUGAUCAAUACCCGGAAGCAGCUGAUGGAGAAAAUCAACCGAAUGCCGGGAGUCAGCACAGUUCCAAAGAUUUCGACGGAGGAAACGGCAAAGACGGUUGUGCAUGCAAUCAGGAACAAUAAACGAAAGGUGGUUGUUCCUAAGGCACUCAGGGCUUGGCAAUUAAGUUUCUACGAGCAUAUACCGAUCAAAGUCAGACGUAUGAUGGAUCUAACGUUCAUGAAAGGCCGACCACUGGUAGUAGAUUAAAGUCGAUUGUAUUAUAAAAUAUUUAUGUUAGUUAUGUCUUACACUUAAGUCUAUUGUAACUAUAUUGGCAUUUAAUAAAACAAGGGCAAAAA